UCGUGCGGUUGCGUCGAGUGAUGUAACAUUGAUUUCCGAUAUGCAACAAUGUUAACAAUGUUUCCAACUUUCGGGUAAUGCAUUUAGUAAAAAGAGAUUAUGAGAAAUUCAUCGUGUAGCAAUCAAUUUCGUUCAAAAUUUGAUUGCAAUUACAUUUUAAAACGUAUCUUAAAUAAUGUAUAAUGUAGAACGUAAGUUGGCACGCUUGAUUUUGAUGAGACCGUUUGAAAGAGAGAUUGCAGUGCGGGGAAAGGCUUAUCGUGGAGUUAGUACCAUAUAACGGUGUUUCAAAUUUCAAUUUAAUCAGAUACUGGGUGUUAAUACGACACGUGAUAAUUGAAAAGGGCUUUGUAUUCAUCUACAAAAAUGUUUCGUUCGAAGAAGGACGUCGACCGACACGUGAAAAACAUUUUUAUCAAGCUCAAAAAUUCAGAGGAGAAACAUCUACGAUGCUACAACAUAGCCAAGCUAUACUAUCAAGUUGGAGAUUAUGAAUCCGCUAAGAAAUAUGUUUCUAAUUAUUUGGAAAUAAGGGACAAAUGUGCUAGGGCUUAUAAAUUAUUAGGUCAGACCCUCGAAGCUUUGGGGCAAAAGGAAGCGGCUUUCAUGCAAUAUAAAACAUCUCUUGAGUUAGAACCACAGCAAGAUGAUCUUGUUUUAAAAGUUUGUGAACUUUUGACUGAUGUGGAUGUUAAUAUUGAUGUGAAUAGAAUUAAGUAUUGGGUGGAUAGAGCUGAUAAAAAGUUUCCACAUAAUCCAAUAGUUUUUGAAUUAAAGGAGAAAAUGUUAACUUUGGAGAAACCAAGUGGCAACAGUGAAGAUUUGGAGAAGCUCAUUACCUCUGAAUUGUCAGUACGACAAACAGAUGUACAUUUACAAGUCAAAUUAUUGAAACAUUACCUAGGAAAUCAUAGGCUUGAAGAUGCAUAUAAUCAUGCUGCCAAAAUAGAAUCAAUGCACAGUCACAGGAACAGUGUUGUUUGGUAUCAGUCAUUAAGUGAAUUACUUAUGAAGUGCAAACAGAGCAAAAAAUUAGAUUGGGCAUUUUGGAUAUUCUAUAUUAACGUAUUAGAAAGAUACGCAGCUCUUUGUUUGAAAGAACAAGGCAAUCUUGUUAAGAAAAGUAUAUCAGAUGCUACACAAGCAGUAUUCAACUUUGACCAAUGUUUAACAGAGUUUAAAUCAGCAAGUUUUUCUAAUCAUCCAGUUUUCGUAGAGAAUAUGUUAUUACACAUGUGGGGGCAAUUACAUUUUCAUUUGGCUUGUUUAUUUUUACGGAAAACCAAGGGAGGAGAGGACAGUUGGUCUGAAGCUGGACGUUUAUGUGCACCUCUUUUAUUAACUGCAUUACACGUAACACCCAUAGAUCCUACAGCAGUGUGGAAUAUGCAUUUGAAGGAUCGUUUAAAGGACCAAGUACACGUCUGGUACAGAGAAGGAUCUUACAGAUGCAGUCAAGUGGGACACGUAUUACAGGAUUUCGCUCGAGAUAAUACGAAAAAGCUGCUUGAUAAAAUCGAUAAGUUUUGCACGAAUAUGUGGCGCGAACGAGUUUAUCAGAGAAUUUUUAUUGGCAGACUAUACCAGGACGGUAAAAUGACAUCAUAUUUUGCAAAAAGUUCUCUUCCAAACCCACCGUUGCGCUUAUGUUCCGACAGUGAGCUGAAACGAUUCGAUAAAAUUUCGGAAGAAGUUUGGCCAGAUUCGCUGCACCAUCAGAUCUGGCUUGGUUUGAGAUCUCGGCCUUACAGUUCACAGAACAAAGGCAACGGACCUCUGCCGAAUCAAACAUCUCGUGUGUUCUGUGAUCUACAGUUUUCUGUCUUCAACCUGAACCAGGCAUCGCCAGAUAGUUUAAGUCGCUUGGACAUUGACGCCUUUUUAAACGCAGCCAUUUUCUGCGCCUCUGCGGUGAUGGAAGAACAGCAAUUAAGCGGUUUCUUGAAUCCAGAAAAAUUACCUACCUUGCCAGCAGAUCUCACGAACACUCUCUGCAGUUGCGCUCAGGAGAAAUGGUGGUCGGCAGCUUACAAAGUAUACUCGAUGGACAAACAGAAACCAUUGGAAGACGACCUCGGAGACAUAAGAUUAGAACUGCAGCGGGGUUUGGAAGUAGUUCGCUGUAUUGGAAACCACGGGCUGCACCCAGCUCUUCUGGUUCAUUUGGCACGGAUAUUUCUUUAUAGAGUGGAAACCUUGAAGGAAACUAAUCAAGAAAACAGCGAGAUACCAAGCUUGGAGGCUCGUUCGGAAAUGUACUGGUCAACUGCGAUGCCGCUUUUAGAAAGACUGCAAAACAACCAGGUUCUGCGCGUUACGAACUCAAAAUUCUUCAGUUACCAAGGGAAGGAUUUGAACAACGCUGAACUAGUGAAGGCUUUGGAAGAGGGUAAACUGCGUUUGGCACAGCGUUUCGUGCGGGAUAAACAAUAUGAGAAAGCGAUCGAUGCGUUGCAAGCACUGAUAUGUCCGGAGGCCUCGUUUCAGCAAGGUCAAAUGUAUGAAAUGCUCGCAGACGAGAUUGUUAACUCCAUGCCCAAGGAGAGCUUAACGUCGGAAAUCAGGUCACAGCACAUCAUCAUGCUCUCAAAAGCUAGGGAAUGCUUUUAUCUAACAUUGGAUAGAUUACGUAGUCCAGGAAUGAACACGAAACAUCCUUUGAAUUUGGAACUUUUUGCUCAUGUAACGGACAUAGAAAACAAACUAAAGAGAAUCGAUCCAGACCUGGCUCGGGGCGAUUUGAGCAGAAACGAGUGCGAUGGGAUGUCGGACGACAGUUAUUCUUCUGCGCACAGUGGUUUGGAGCAUCAAGUGUCAGUGAAUCCGACGCUUCCAACGUUCACAGGACUCAGCGCGUCCGUGAACAUGGUUAGCACGCCACAAAAGAAUCCUCAUCGCACCCCUAAACAGUCUAGCACUCCUUAUAGGCCACAACACCAAGAUAUAUUGGACUUAUCACGGAAUCGUACAGAGGCACGUCCGAGCCCCGAGCGUCUUGAUGCUCAGAUCCGAGCAAUCAAUCAGAUGAUCCACGCAAAAGAUAGCAUGAUACAGUCAAUAACGGAGCAGAACAAGACCAUACUGGAGUUGAACAAGGCUAUGAUGGAGAAGCUCGAGGAACUGACGAAAGAGGUAGCGGACUUGCGGAAGGAUAUUCAGCAGCAGCGAAUUCAGCCGAUGAACUUGAAUCCGAAUUUAGAAGAAGACUUAUGUGGGUUAAGUGAAGAAGACUUCAAUGAACUGAAUUAUAACGCGAAUACGUCGGGCCAUGUGUCAUCAAUAUCAGGAAACAUGUUCCAGUCAUCGCAUAGGAACCCGUACUCGCAACUUAUCUAUCCUUCUGCGGCUACGGCUACCGCUUUUCAAGGCUAUUUCCCAGGAGGCAUGUCGUUUAGUGACCCGAACGCAGCUUCUUUCUGCACAAACAUCUAUCCUAUGCCAGUGUUGUACCCCAAUACCAGGACGAAAAUGCCAGAGAACAUUCUUCAGCAAGGCUUGUUCCCACCUGGGUUGCCGGCGCAAAUUCCGGACUUGAUGACACCGACAAACCAACCGAUACAAAUCUCUCUUCAGAAGGUCGAGACGCCGAAAUCCGAGACCACAAUAAAGGAUGCUCCUGUCAACAAAGCACCGCCUGUUAACGUUGUUAUUACCACUUCAGAUACUUUGCCAACCACGGUGCCGGUGGUCCAGCCUACACUUAGCGUAACAAUUCCUCCACAUUUCAGACAAGGAAGCACAACCACGCUGGCCACCACGGAACAGUCCGUUGCUCCUCAUUGUUACCAGAUAUCCAUGCCUUCUCAAGCGACCGUGUUGACCACUGUAAACUUACCACCUUUAUCGACGACUCUCACAACCACACCCGCCAAUAUUACCAUGCCUACGACAUCAAAGGCCACCGAAAAUGCUAACAUCUGCUCGACCGGUUCACCGAACAUUUCUGAUCAGGAGCCGGAGCACGAACACGACCCGAUACCGGAUUUCGUUCCUGUCAUACCACUACCCGCGGAGGUCAAAGUUACCACUGGAGAAGAGGGUCAGGAAGUCUUGUUCUGUGCCAGAGCGAAGCUCUUCCGAUUCGUUGAUAACGAGUGGAAGGAACGUGGUAUUGGUAACGUUAAGUUGCUCAGGAACAAUGAAGGCAAAGUUCGGCUACUUAUGCGUAGAGAACAGGUGCUGAAGGUGUGCGCUAAUCACUACCUAGCGCCUGAUAUGCAACUGACGGCGAAAGCUAACAAUGAGAAGGCAUGGUUCUGGGCGGCGCAUGACUUUGCGGACGGUGAACUCAAAUUUGAGAAGUUCUGCAUCAGGUUCAAAACGGUGGACGAAGGUCUAUCCUUCAAAGAACACUUCGAGAAGGCCAAGGCAGGUCUUUCCCAGAUCUUUGACAAAUCUGUUGAGAACGAGGCAACUAGUGAAGCAGAUACUGUGCCGAAUAACGUUGAGAAAAAAGAGAUCGUGGAACCAAAAGUAGCAGUACAGAUCAGUCAGAAGCAGCCAGCGACUACAGUAUCGGAAGUUACUUCAACGACUACACUCGUGGGCGGUUUUUCAUUCAUAUCACCACCAAUCAUUCAGAAAGUAGCCAGCCCUGUGGAACAAGUGAAGGCACCCAGCAAGCCUGAGCCUUUCGCAGGAUUCGUCUUCAGUAAAACAGGGACAACUACAGAGACUACUGCAGCAACACAACCAUCUACUUUCUCGUUUGUGAAGGCUACAACACCUUCUAAAUCAGAAACUACAACUACACCAAUCGCUGUAACUGAUACUGCAACGAACUCAUCUCAGUCAACUCUCAGAAGGCCACAUGGGUCAUUGGCAACUAUGACCAAGCUGGUGGGAGUUAAAAGUUCGGACGCAAAGAUAGACCAAGAAGAAGUUCUAUUCGAAGCUAAAGUAUGUCUUCAGUGUUACAAUAAUGAGAGUAAACAAUGGGAUCAAAGAGGCACAGGACUGCUGAAGACCUUGUGGAGCACGAAGACUGGUAAGAUUCGAUUACUGAUGAUCGAUGAUGAUACUUCGAAGGUCUGCUAUAACUACAAAGUUCAAGCAAAGACGCCGUUCACGUUAAACACUACCAGUAACGCCAUCGUCAGUUGGACCAUUCAUCAUGGAUCUGAAAACAAAGCAACUACAUUCGCGGCCACGUUUAAGAUGUCUACACGAGCUCCUUUAUUCUAUAGCAUGAUUGUGGAGAAACAACAGAAAAUGGUGAAGGACAGCAUCUCUACGUUCACGAAGCAGGAGGCCACUGAAAAAACGGCUAAUAAAAAUCAGUCCUCGUUAUCUGAAAUGUUCAGACCACCUAUAGGAUCCUGGGAGUGCCAAGAUUGUUACAUGUUGAACGGAGCAUUUAAUAGCGCGUGUUUAGCUUGCAAGGCACCCCGUCCUUCAGCAACCACUAAUCAAGCUGUUCCAGCUACAACUACUGCAAACCAGGUGCCUCUUUCAGAGAUGUUCAAGCCACCUACUGGUUCAUGGGAAUGCAAGGACUGUUACACGAGGAACGACUCAUCCAGCGACGAAUGUGUCGCUUGCAAGUCCACUAAACCUUCUGCAGUCAUCAAGCAAACCACCCCAGUUGUAGUCAGCUCCAAUCAAACACCAUUGUCGGUGAUGUUCAAGCUGCCUGCAGACUCAUGGAAGUGUAAAACUUGCGAGGUCGUGAACACGUCUGGCAACAAUUAUUGCGUUGCUUGCGACACACCAAAGGAUCCAUCGAUUCCACCGAAGCCGAAAACAGAUGGUUUCAUAAUAAGCUCCUCUAUCACCAGCGUCACACCCACGUUCACUUUCGGCAUCUCGCAAGACACCAACAAGGACACUAGCGGUUUCAGUUUUCGAUUACCCGCCUCCAACGAUCCAGAUGUAAAGUCUUCGGAAUCAGAAGCUAAAAUCGACACGUCCGGCGCGAAGUUUGUAUUCGGGAUGUCUCAAGCGUGCAGUACACCCUCGAACAAGGACACUCCGUUCACAUUCGGCUCGCCCGGAAUGUCUUUCGGCUUCAACUUCGUGGCAAAAUCCCCGUCCAAGGCUGUCACAGACGGCGACAAUAGUGAAGAGGAGGUGGUCGAAAGCGACGAUAUCCACUUCUUGCCGAUAAUCCCGAUGCCGGAUAAAAUCGAAGUGAAAACUGGUGAGGAGGAUGAAGACGUCCUCUAUUGUCAUAGGGCGAAGUUGUUUAGGCACGACAAGUCGGAGAACGAGUGGAAAGAGCGAGGUAUAGGAGACAUCAAACUGCUGCGGCAUAAGGAGACCGGUAAACUGAGGCUGGUUAUGAGAAGAGAACAGAUUCUGAAACUCUGCUUGAACCACUUUGUGUUACCCAAUCUGGAGUUCAAGCCGAAGGACGAGAAGACUUGGAUGUGGAUUGCAGCUGAUUACAGCGAAGGAGAAAUCGAGCACACGUUGUUUGCUUGUCGUUUUAAAACUCCGGAUAUUGCAAAGAAUUUCAAAAAUACAGUUGAGGACGCAUUGGCUUGGAAAGAUGUUCCAACGAUUGAGCAAAAACUCGAGGUUACUUCAGAUCCUAAAGAAGGCCAAGAGAUAGAAAUUGUCUAUGAGAUGAAAGUAACAGAUGAAGAUAGAGAAGCUGCGUUGAAAUUACAGCUUCCGGAAAAUUUCUAUGCAUACAAACGUAAUCCCGAUUGUUCUGGAUGCAGGGGUUGUAAAGAACCUCCAGUACCCUUGUUCGACGUUGCAGUUACCGGGAAAGAAUCAUCAAAGACAAUCACUAAGAGUGAGAAUUCUUCAACUAUAGCAACAACGACUGCUAGUUCUAAUAUCACAACUUCUCAGACUCUCGUUCCCACCACAACUGCGCAAAAUACAACAUCGUCCGUCUUCAUGACUGGAUUGUACGGUACAAGUACACCACUGUUCUCAAUGAAUUCACAGCUUCCAUUUGGUAGUGGUAACUCUACUACUUCCAGCGACAAAAAGGCUAGCUUUUCGUUUGGAUUAUCACAGAAUCAAACCAGUGAAAUACAGAAACCUGAAGGCGAUAAGCAAAAUGUUCCCGGAAUUGAUAACUUGAAUAUUUGCAGUCCAACCAGCUCUCAGGCUACAUCUGAAGCUCCGUCUUCAUUCACUACAGCUGGGACCAUCUUUGGUACAUCUAAAAUAGAUAAUAUCUUUGGCAUGAGCACGGGGAAAAACAUGUUUGGUGGGUCGUCGAAGAAGGAGUCUGGACUCAUCAAGCCUAGCACCUUUAACGUUAGCUCAGAUAGGAUAGAAUCGGUAUUUUCAAACAGUUUCACCUCUCAGGCGAAACCUACGAACGCCUCUGCAACCCCUGUAUUUGGAGCUAUGCCGAUGUUUACUAAAACUGGAUCAGAGAUGACUACCAGUACCAGUACACCUUUGUUUGGAGAGUCCACAACUGCUACAAAUGUAUUUGGAUCAACUGCUAAGCCAACUAACUCUGUAUUCGGGGGCUCGUCCACUUCGUUUUCAUUUGACUUGAAUUUCGGCUCUACCGAGUCACCAUUAGAAGUCACCAAUUCUGCUACCACCAACAUCUUCGACACAAAAGUCACAUCGUCGGAGAAUGAGCCUCACGACGGCGGCGGUGUUAGCUUCUUCACAUCAUCUAAGGCGUCCUUUUCAGACUUAGCAGCGUAUGCUUCUGAACAAGCGUUUAAGAAAGCAGAUCCGAACUUCUCUUUCGCUGGUGCCGGAGCAACUGUGUUUGGUUCCAAAUCUACAAACAAAUCUGAAAAGGCGAAGGAGACAAAGGAUGAAAGGAAACUUGAGAAUGAGGAGGAAGAAGAUGAUGAAAAUGACAACGAGCAAGAACACGAUCCUCACUUUGAGCCUAUUGUGCCGUUGCCUGAUGUUAUUGAGGUGCGCACCGGAGAAGAAGAUGAGGAAAAAGUGUUUUGCGAAAGAGCAAAAUUAUUCCGAUAUGACAAUACAACACAUGAAUGGAAAGAAAGGGGUGUUGGAGAGAUGAAAAUCUUGCACCACGCAACACGCAGGACUUAUAGAUUAUUAUUACGCAGAGAACAAGUUCACAAAGUAGUAUGCAAUUUCCUACUCACACCGGACAUCAACUUCACCAAAUUGAAAACGUCAGACCGUGCCUGGGUGUGGGGGGGAAUGAAUUAUGCAGAGGAGACAGCAUGUGCAGAACAGUUAGCAGUUAAAUUUAACAAUACCGAACUGGCUACAAAGUUCAAGGACAAAAUCGACAAAAUCCAACAAACGCUAACUGAAAUCCGUGAAAAGGCUGCAGAAGAAGAUGGUCCACUGAUCGAGGAACCAGAUGAUGAAGAAAAUGAAGAAUUAGAUGACAUAGAGGAAGUGGAAGAGGAGGAAGACGACGAAGAGAACGAAGACCAGAAUGUAGUAAUCUUUAUGCAGAAAGCUACCUUCUUUAAGUUAACAAACAGAGAUACUGAAUGGGAGGAUUUAGGUGCAGGGAAUAUAUUUCUUUCUUAUAAUCCUAAUGAUAUGACUGGAAGAAUAAUAUUAAAAGCCGACGAGACUGAUGAAAUUGUCAGCAAUACGACUCUCACUGCAAAAACUCAGAUGAAGGUACAUGGUAAAGAAUGCAUUUGGACCUCAGACCCACUCGAAAGAUACGCUGUGAAAGCAGUGUUUCUAACGAUUUGGGACUCUGCAGAAAUGUACAAAUCUUUUUCAUACUAUUUAAGUCUAUUAUAUAAAUAAUCUGCAACUGGGUGCAGAAUCCGCAAAACAAAGUCGGCAUCAUCGAACCAUUCGACAGAGUAAAGAUUCCUUGUAAGAUUUCUUGUAAUAAAGCGUAUGUAUCUCUUGUAUACGUAAAAUAUUUGAUUUUAGUUUAAAUUCGAUUAAUAAAUGUUGGAUUUUUUUCGAUUUCAUCCGCUAUUGCGGAUGUACUUAAGUAAUUAAUGGUCGUACAAACUAUUUAAGAAUUUACGAAUGGAAAACAAACGAAUUUUGUAUUGACUCAGAUGCGUUUUACUCCUAAGAUUUACGUAAUAAUAGGUGAAAACAUUGAUGAAAUAAAUUAACUUGUGCCAAACGUGCCGGUCUUUUAUUAGUUUAUGAAAUAGUUUUGAUAACAAGAUAUGACGUUUUGAUUUUUCGUUUAGUUAUGAACAUUUUAUUUAGUUUUUAAAAAUGAAAUAAGUUUUGUUAUAAUUGUUGAGCGGACUCCGUAAUAAAGAAGACUUUGAAGAGAAGACAUCGCGGAUGCUUAGAUAGCUCAACAAUACUGAAUACUGAGCGAUCAACCUGUGAUAAAAACCUAGUAAUUCAAGGAUAUGUGGAAGACAUUUACAUAUGAUUAUAUAGUACAUUUAUAUAUCAUAACGUUGUGAAUGUAUAAUUAUAUAGAUAAUAAGUAAUCUUUAAGUUAUGAUUUUAUUUUUUGUAUUGUUUAAUUUCUGAUAUUUCCAAAAUAGGAGACGUAUUAUAUGCGUUACACAAAAAUAAACUAUGUUUCAUCCAAAAAAAGUAAAUAAAGGACUUUAUUCAAUAA